AUGCAGGUUUCAAACACUUCUCAGGCGCCUGUGCAACACGGAACUCCCAGCGCCUUUGAUGGUCCACAGUGGCCUCACCUGGCUCCCAGAAGCAUCUACACAUCGGUGGCUGUGCUCAUGGGCAUCGUAGUGUUUUCUGCCUCCUUUGUGAACGGUUUGGUCAUUGUAGUUUCCAUCAGGUACAAGAAACUCAGAUCCCCUCUGAACUACAUCCUGGUGAAUCUGGCUGUGGCUGAUCUGCUGGUGACUUUCUUUGGAAGCACUAUCAGUUUCUCGAAUAAUAUCAAUGGCUUCUUUGUGCUCGGCAAAAGGGUGUGCAAAUUUGAAGGCUUCAUGGUCUCUUUAACAGGCAUUGUGGGGCUUUGGUCCUUGGCGAUCCUGGCCUUCGAAAGGUAUAUCGUCAUCUGCAAACCCAUGGGAGAUUUCCGAUUUCACCACAAACAUGCAGUGAUGGGCUGUGCAUUCACCUGGAUUUGGUCACUUCUCUGGACAACCCCACCAAUGUUAGGCUGGAGCAGCUAUGUGCCGGAAGGUCUGAGAACCUCCUGUGGUCCCAACUGGUACACCGGAGGCAGCAACAACAACAGCUACAUCCUGACUUUAUUCAUUACCUGUUUCAUUAUUCCUCUCAGUCUGAUCCUCUUCUCCUAUACAAAUCUGCUGGUGACACUACGAGCUGUUGCGGCACAACAAAAAGAAUCUGAGACGACUCAGCGAGCUGAGAGGGAGGUGACACGAAUGGUGAUUGCUAUGGUGAUGGCCUUUCUCAUCUGCUGGCUGCCCUAUUCCACCUUUGCCAUGGUGGUUGCCACAAACAAAGACAUCCCCAUCCAACCAACUCUAGCAUCACUGCCUUCAUACUUCUCCAAAACAGCCACAGUUUACAACCCAAUUAUCUACAUCUUCAUGAACAAACAGGUGAGAGCAUGA